GAAGCUUAAGUUUUUAGGUUAGGUUAGACUAAUUGUUUAGAUUUUUAUUCGGCUAUCGUAUUAAUAAAACUCAAUCAAAAUGCCGUUCAUGAAAGGAAGAGCACCUAUAAGACGCACCUUAAACUACCUAAAUGCUGGUAAACUGGUAUUGAAAGAGAAAAUCAAGAUAUUCUCAGUGGCUUACAAUAUAUUUGGACAGAACAACACUGGUGCAAAAGAAUUCGUUUUCUGGUAUCUACCACAGAUUCAGUACAAGAACCCCAACGUGCAGGUGGCUACAUUGAAGAAUCUAACACCAACGCCAUUUAUUAAAUGUUAUUUAGAAGAUGGGAAGCAAAUAUUAGUUGAUAUAGACAAUAAGUCCAAAGAAGAAAUUUUAGAACACUUACUGCGAACUGUUGGGAAAUCAAAGGAGGUAUUGGAAGCUGAGAAUAUAGCUGCUGAGAAGAAGGAUAAUCCCGCCAACUUUGGAGCUGGUUGUGAACGAGCUUGUAUGUGUGAAAUAUUUGGCCAGGUACCAUGCCCAGGUGUUGUAGUGCUUCCUAAAAUAAUGCGCGGGAAGUUCAAAAAUGCUGAUUAAAUUAAGUACAGGUUAGUUACUAGAAUUAGAUUGUAAUAUAUAAUGUUAAUAAAGUGAUAGUCAAUAUGA